AUGACCCAAGCAACUUUGCGCACCGAGCGCCUUGAAUUGGUGCCCCUCGGCCCCGAGGACCUCAAAUUCACCAUGCUGCUAGACAAGGAUCCGGAUGUCAUGAAAUACAUUGGCUUUGGCAAGCCACUUGACCACAAGCAAGCGAUCGAAGUUCACCAAUGGCUCCUCAACUCAGCAACCAUCGUCCCCGGCUUCGGGUGUUGGGUCGGCUUCGCCGGUGGCGAGUUUGUUGGCUGGUGGAUACUGGCUCCUUGCCCAAGCGAAGGCACAGAGCAAUUCAGCAAAGACCGAUCAGAGUUUGGGUACCGCCUUUUACCGAAGUUUUGGGGGCAAGGUUACGCGAAGGAAGGAUCGCGUGAGUUGCUGAGGCACGCUUUCCAGGAUUUAGGUCUAUCUGAGGUUAUUGGCGAGACUAUGGCUGUGAACGCGGCUUCUCGGGCGGUAAUGGCAGCUUGCGGAUUGAAACAUGUCCAUACCUUCUACAACAAGUACGAUAGCCCACCUCCUGGAAUCGAAGAAGGCGAAGUGCGGUUUCAACAGCUUGUUGGGCGCCAGCAGCCCAGCGGCACUCAUGAAGCUCCUACUGUGGAAGAUAUCGAAACUCCGGUAACCGUCAAUGCAGCCCCCUACGACAAGGAAGGUGCCACCGGCUCACCCCAGGAUAACACGGCAAGCAGUGAUGAUGAUAAAUCAUUACCGCAUGAAGAUGCACAGCGUGGUGUCAAGAAGAUCGAGGCUGUGACUCUGGCUUGGUCGAAGGCAACGCUGGCCAUGUUCCUGAUACUGUAUUUUCUACCCCCUAUGACGCUUACUUGUGGCGGUAUGUCCUCAAUCCUGGCCAGCUUGACACCCUAUGCUACGAGUGAUUUCCAGUCUCAUUCCCUGUUGACUGUCAUCGAAAUUGUAGCAAGUGCCAUGACAUCAGCGGUGUACAUUCCUAUGGCGAAGAUGCUGGACGUUUGGGGCCGUGCUGAAGGCUUUCUCCUUAUGCUGUGCUUUGCCACUCUGGGCCUAAUUCUUAUGGCAGCAUCCAACAACCUUCCUACCUUUUGCGCAGCACAGGUAUUCCAAUCAGUUGGGCUUGGAGGCAUGACUUAUAGCAUAAAUGUCCUCUCAGCCGACGUAACCAACCUGAGAAAUCGAGGGUUGGCGUUCGCUUUCGUCUCAUCGCCAUGGAUGAUCACUGCGUUUGCUGGAUCCAAAGCAGCAGAAGAAUUCUUACUACACGUCAACUGGCGAUGGGGAUUCGGCUCCUUUGCCAUCAUUAUACCCGCGGUCUCCAUUCCCGUAUACACAGUGUUGAAGGUCAACCUUCUGCCUGGUGUCAUCUUGUUCGCUGCCGGUCUUACCGUGUUUCUACUCCCAUUCACACUCGCGCGUUCUGCUCCCAACGGCUGGAAGUCAGACUACAUCAUUGCCAUGAUUGUAGUCGGCUUUGUCCUCCUCCUUCUCUUCGCCGCCUACCAGGUGUACCUGGCUCCCGUGCCAUUCCUGAAACAUGACUACCUAAUUAACCGGACCGUUCUGGGCGCAUGCCUUCUCGACUUCGUAUACCAGAUGUCCUACUACUGCUGGAACAGCUACUUCACGUCUUUCCUCCAAGUCGUCAAUAACCUCAGCGUCUCAGAGGCCGGGUACGUCAAUAGCACGUUCCAGGUCGUCUCCGGCGUUCUCCUAUUCAUUGUCGGCUACCUGAUCCGCAAAACGGGCUAUUUCCGAUGGCUCCUGUGGAUCGGUGUGCCUCUCUACAUCUUCGCCCAGGGUCUCAUGAUCCACUUCCGCCAACCGAACGGAUACAUUGGCUACAUCGUCAUGUGCGAGAUCUUCAUCUCCAUCGGUGGUAGCGUUUUCACCCUCUGCAUGCAGCUCGCCGUCUUGGCCGCCGUCGACCACCAACACGUCGCCGCCGCAAUGGCCAUUCUAUUCGUGUCCGGUGGCAUUGGUGGUGCAGUCGGAAAUGCUAUCUCCGGUGCCAUCUGGACAAACACCUUUGAGAACUCCCUGGCCAACUAUCUCCCUGAGUCCGCGCUGCCGAACCUGACUAGUAUCUAUGCCAGUUUGCCGGUACAGCUAAGCUAUGCCGUUAAUAGCCCCGAGAGAAUAGCAAUCCAGAAGGCAUAUGGUUAUUCGCAGACGAGAAUGUUGGCCGCGGGAACUGGGCUUAUGGCACUUGCCUUCGUCGCUGUUUUCAUGAUCCGCAACUUGAACCUGAAGAAUAUGACGCAGACGAAGGGUGUUGUGUUCUGAUGUUAUUUUUUGUUGGUAGAUAGUAUAUUGGAAGAGGGCCCAGUGGAUUGUGUGUAU